CAGACGCUCACCUCAUGACGGUACGUGAGGAGCUUUUAACGCGCGCCGCACCAUCUGAACUCAGCAGCGAGCUCUUCAUUCAAAGCUGUGGAGCGACACAACGCCUAUUACAGGAGCAUCAGCCAUGUCAGUGAAGAUCCACAUAAACAGCCCUCAUGUGAGCUACACAGACACUCACAUUGAGGCAGAUUAUGUGUACCAGAGCACAGCUGUUCACAGAGAGGGCGACCACAUCACGGUGACCCCACGCAACACUCAGAUGACCUUCCGGACACAGAGCCACGUGCCCAGGCUCGGAGUGAUGCUGGUGGGUUGGGGAGGCAACAAUGGCACCACCGUCACUGCUGCGGUACUCGCCAACAAACUGCAGCUAACGUGGAGAACCAAGACUGGAGUCAAGAAGGCAAACUACUACGGCUCCCUACUGCAGUCCUCUACUGUGUGUCUAGGCUCUGACCCACAAGGUGACGUCAACAUACCCUUCCGCGAUCUUUUACCCAUGGUGCACCCAAAUGAUAUUGUCUUUGAUGGCUGGGAUAUUUCCUCCUUGGAUCUGGGGAGGGCAAUGGAGCGAGCCGAGGUGCUUGACUGGGCCUUACAGGAGCAGCUGCGUCCAAUCAUGAGCCGAAUGAAACCCAGAAAGUCCAUUUAUAAUCCAGAUUUCAUCGCUGCUAACCAGGAGAGUCGAGCUGAUAAUGUCCUCAUGGGGACUAUAGCAGAGCAGAUGAAGCAGAUCCGAGCUGACGUCAAAGACUUCCGCAGCUCCAGUGGUGUGGACAAAGUGAUUGUGCUGUGGACGGCGAAUACAGAGCGCUUCUGUGAUGUCACCCCAGGGCUUAAUGACACUGCAGACAACCUACUAGCAGCUAUUCAGGCCGGGGCAGAGGUGUCUCCCUCCACCCUAUUCGCUGUGGCCAGUAUCCUGGAGGGCUGUGCCUUCAUCAAUGGAUCCCCACAGAACACCUUCGUCCCCGGGGCCGUGGAGCUGGCCGUGCAGAGGGGAGUGUUCAUCGGAGGAGACGACUUUAAAUCAGGACAGACCAAGAUCAAGUCAGUGCUGGUGGACUUCCUGGUCAGCGCUGGCAUCAAGCCCACCUCAAUCGUCAGCUACAAUCACCUGGGCAACAACGACGGCAAGAACUUGUCGGCUCCACAGCAGUUCCGCUCCAAAGAGAUCUCCAAGAGCAACGUGGUGGACGACAUAGUGCAGUCCAACCAUGUCCUGUACAAGCCCGGAGAGAAGCCUGACCACUGUGUGGUGAUAAAGUAUGUGCCGUACGUGGGUGACAGCAAGCGCGCCAUGGAUGAGUACAUGUCGGAAAUCAUGAUGGGCGGGACCAAUACUAUCGCCCUGCAUAACACUUGUGAGGACUCAUUACUGGCCAGCCCCAUCAUCCUGGACCUGGUGAUCCUCACAGAGCUGUGUGAGCGUGUGAGUGUGCGUGUGCAGGGAGAGCAGGAGGAGCAGUCCUUCCACAGUGUACUGGCUCUGCUCGCCUUCCUCUGCAAGGCUCCCCUCGUACCACCAGGGGCGCCAGUGGUCAAUGCAUUCUUCAAGCAGAGGGCGUGCAUUGAAAAUAUUAUGAGAGCCUGUCUCGGACUUCCACCUCAGAACCACAUGUUAUUGGAGCACAAGUUGCAGAAAGGUUUUGUUCUUCUUCAGAAGAAGAAGUUUGGAGAGACAGCUCUCAAUGGAGAAGCACGAACCAAUGGACAUGGCUACAUCGACGGCUACUCCUAUAACAGUGAACCAGCGUAGUACUGUUAGGAAAUCUACCAAUGAUGUUGUUUAUGCAAAUACUACAAUUCUCUGAUAUAAAACUUGAAUUUGUAAUUGCCGAUUAAACACUCAUUCUAGUA